AUGUCGCAAGAUCUAGAAAAGCAGAUACCCGUCCAGGAGGAGCCGGAGUUCGAAGCCCAAGAUAACCGCGUCGCGCCAGAUUCCCAAGAUUUCUCGGCUUCACCCACUGAGAAGUCGUCGCUUGAGCAGCCUCCCCAGAAUGAGCCGCCCAAGCCGCCCAAUCCAUGGACGGACCCGACUUCAUUUCCCGACGGCGGUGCUCAGGCCUGGCUCACUGUCGCUGCUGCUAGCGCCUGCUUUUUCGUUUCUUGGGGGUGGAUCAACUGUAUCGGUGUCUUCCAAGACUACUACAUGCGCGCCGAACUGAAGCAAUAUUCGCCCAGCACCGUUGCCUGGAUUCCGUCGCUGGAGACGUUUUUCAUGCUUGCCACAGGGCCUGUAGCCGGUUUCAUCUUCGACAACUAUGGCCCGACCAAGCUUCUCAUUGUCGGUAGCUUCUUGCACGUCUUUGGGUUGAUGAUGGCUUCCAUCUCCAAGGAAUACUACCAGUUCCUCCUCAGUCAGGGCGUCUGCAGCGCCAUUGGAGCCUGUUGCAUCUUCACCCCGGCCGUCUCAUGCGUCUCGACGUGGUUCUUUUACAAGCGGGGCAUGGCCAUCGGGAUUACCGCCGCAGGCAGCUCUCUCGGCGGCGUCCUGUUUCCCAUCAUUGUCAGUCGCAUGAUCGACGAGACUGGGUUUCCAUGGGCGAUGCGAACCUGCGCAUUUCUGAUUCUGGGCCUGUGCACCUUCGCCAUCUUCACUCUGCGCUCGCGGUUUCCUCCAACCCGCCGUCCGUGGAACAUCAUGGCCUUCAUCCGCCCGCUCAAAGAGGCCCCGAUGAUCCUGCUCACUCUCGCCACAUUCUUCUUCUACUGGGGCAUGUUCCCUGUCUUCUCCUUCGUCACGGCCGUCGCAAACGGAAGAGGCAUGUCGCUUGAGCUGGCUCAGUACCUCGUCUCCAUCCUGAACGCCGGCUCUGUCUUUGGUCGAACGUUGCCAGGAUUGCUGGGAGACCGGGUUGGGCGAUUCAACGUGAUGACCGUGUUCUGCACUCUGACAGCCAUCCUGAUUCUGGCUGUCUGGAUUCCGGCCACGAGCAACGCAGGUCAGCUCGUGUUUGCACCUUUAUUCGGCUUUGCUUCGGGUGCUGCCAUUGGAUUGACGCCGGCUCUGAUCGCACAGGUGUCCCCGAUCAAAGAGAUUGGCGUGCGUACGGGCACAGUGUUUGCAGCAGGUUCGAUAGGCGCGUUGACGGGUUCGCCGAUUGGGGGACAGUUGAUCACUCGCGAUCACGGCGGUUUUCUGUACCUUCAGCUGUGGGGCGGCUGUGUCUGUAUUGUGGGCUGUUUCUUCUUCCUGGCGGGUCGGAUAUACCUUGGUGGCCUGGACCUGAAGAAGAAGGUGUAG